UCUAGCGGCGUGGUGGUGGCCAGACCGGCCGGUGCGCAAGGAAAGUUACUGCAGGGGAACCAUGCGACCGGCAGAAACGGCAUUUUACCAUUUUAACCGCGGCAAUCACAUUGACAGGGUUACACUGUGAUUUGAACUGAAUGAUCUGACGAGGAUGCGAAGAGCAAGAAUUAGUAUUAAGCCUAAUGUCAGGCCAGGGGGUCGAGGUGUGGCGCCAGGUGCAGAGGACAAGAGUUCCCAAAAGUCCACAGCUGUUGACGACACCCAGCAAACACCGUCACCUCCACAGUCUCAGCUGGACGUGAGAGAGUCUGCUGUGGCGACAGGAGAUGGACAUGUUCCCGGCUCUCCCUCAGAGAAAGCAUCACUUAACACUAAUGAUGGAGCGCCAUCUAGCGCCAACACACCUGCAACUACAGGACUUCAGAGGAGGAGUAGAUUAUCUGCCACACCAAACCUGGCCAGACCCAAAGUCCGCUCUGCUCCUCCUUCAUCUACUGGAAAGACUGCUUCCCUUCUAUCAGGGCCAUCCAAGACAUCAUCUCCUGUCCAGGCAGCCUUUCCUCAGUCACCCGUCCCAGUUGCUAUCAGCAGAGACGAUUCUCAAAACUCCUCAUUCUCCGAUGCCACUACAGAAGCCAACUGCCCUCCAUCCUCACCAUGUCUUCCAUCCACCUCUGGCUGUCCAGAAUCUCCAUCAUCUCCACCGUCUCAACAAGAGCCCCGUCAAACCCCUAAAAAAAUCCCAAACGAAGAUUUUGGGCCCCAAGAAGGAGCCACUCCAGCUUCAUGCACACUCUCACCGUAUGUGAAGCUGUCACGUGUUGAUGGACCAGACUCUCCCCUCAGGAACAAAAUAUCCUCAGACAAGCAGCGGGUCUUGAGAGCCCUCAAAUUGAAAGAACUGAUGAAGCUGGAGAAGAGGAAAGAGAGAACGGAGAAGAAGAGUAGACGGCAUAAGCAAGAGCAUUGUAUUGAGCUGGAUCGUGACAAAAUGUCCUUAGCUGACUUCAUUUAUUACCUGCCGGAGUCAAAUCCUAUGACGAACAGCUCCUCCCUUUCCACAGAGGAGACUCAAGCACAGGCCAUUGCUCCAUCGUCUCCCAUUGUGCAGAAAAAUAUAGCAGAAGCAGAUGAGGACUAUGAUGAUGCUGAUGACGAUAUGCUGGUUCCAAAAGUCAGGGUGGCAGAGGAUGGCUCACUGAUUUUAGAUGAAGAAAGUUUGACAGUGCGUGUUCAGAGGACGUCUGAUACAAUUGUUGAGAAUGCAAAUCCGCUGUUUGAGCGAGGCUCUUCUACAACAUACGCAAGUUUCAGGAAAAAGAACUAUGUGAAGAGCUGGUCUGUCAGAGAGACAGAUAUGUUCUAUUUGGCCAUCAGUAUGGUGGGAACAGAUUUCUCCAUGAUUGCUCAGCUGUUGACUCACCGUAGCAGAGCAGACAUUAAGAAUAAAUUUAAGAAGGAGGAGAGAGCGAAUGGAUGGCGAGUGGAUAAUGCGUUCAGAAACAAGCGGCCAUUUGAUAGCGAGUUUUUCAGUUUCCUGCUGAAGAGGAUCUUGGCUAAAGACAAACAAAAAGGCAAAUCCAUAAAACUGGUUGUGAAAUCCAGUAAAGAAAAGAAAGGCAAAGGUGGUAAAAAAGCCAAACCACUUGAGGUUAAAGACUCCAUUAAUGAUGAUGAUGAUGAAUUGUGCAGUGUGGACAGUGUCUGUUUUGACUUAGAAAAGGAAAACCAGGAUGGCUGUAAUGUGAAUGAAGCUGAUGUGCCGUCAAGCACAAGCAAGAAACGUAAACGCACCAAAAACACUAAGCCAAAAGUUUUGUCAUGUGAGAAAACAUGCAAGCCAAGGAAGAAAAAUAAGACACCGAAAAAAGGCAAAUGCUCAGUUGAAGUGGAGGGAAGCUCUGUGAACGCAGACAAUGAAGAUCAGUCAUGUGUGCCUGUAUCAAAAAAGAAACGCAAACAAUCAAAAAAGAGUGACCAGGAGCAGCAGGAAGAUAAAAGAGAUGCCAAAGAAAAAUGCCAGAAAAAGAACAACAAAAAAAAACUUAAAGUACGGAAUGAAGAACCUACUGAUGGAGAAGGUAACGCAGUGAAUGAGGAGCACAACGAGGUGUCUCCUGUCCCAACUAAAAAACGCAAACGCUCCAAAGGAUGUGCGAAGGAAGAGGAAGCCACAAAAGGAAAACAGAAGACUAAGAGCAAAACGUCAAAGAAAGUACGGAAUGAAGAACCUACUGAUGGAGAAGGUAACGCAGUGAAUGAGGAGCACAAUGAGGUGUCUCCCGUCCCAACUAAAAAAUGCAAACGCUCCAAAGAGUGUGCAAAGGAAGAGGAAGCCACAAAAGGAAAACGGAAGACUAAAAAGAGCAAAACAUCAAAGGAAGGGUGUCUUAGAUCUGAGCUGGGAGCUGAUGGUAGUGAAGUCUCGACAGCAGCCCCCGAUGCUGAAGAGGAUCAAGGGGAGAAGCUCAGUCUAGAGAGCACAACUCAGCAGGAGAUUUUACAAAGCUCUUCCAAACGUUCGAAGAGGCCUUUGCCCAAUUUGGCAAAAAGAAAAGCCAAAAAAUGUUCUGAGCCAAAAGCAACCGUAGAGAUUAAAGACACGGUAGAAGAACCUCAAGAUGAAAGCUGCAAAGAAGCUGAGAAUGAGUUCAACAUCAUCUGUCUUGCUGAGGAACAGCUCCAGAAACAGCCAGUAGUUGUUCUGGAGAGAACUCCUCCAAGGCUUAAAGAUGCACACAGCUCAUCUGAAAGCCAAGACCAGCCACAGUCCUCUCAGAGCCCUCUACGUUCUCCUGGACACCAGGUAAGAGCGGGAAAGGUGAAGCGCAAUCUGACUGUUUCAGAUGAUGGUAGUGAAGUCUCGACAGCAGGCCUCUGUGCUGAAGGAAGUCAAGGGGAGAGGCUCAGUCUAGAGAUUUCACUAAGCUCUUCCAAACGUUCUCCUGGACGGCAGACGAGAGCGGAAAAGGUCAAGCGCAAUCGGACCACUUCAGAAGGAGAAAGGAUGGACCAGUGUCAGACUGGGUCAGAUACAUCUCCAGAGGACAUGAGCAGCACUGCAAUGCCUUAUCAAGUGGUCAUCCAAGACUCUAAAGACAUGGAGGAGUGUUGCAAUUUGCAUCAUUUAGAGCUUUUGACUUCAUCUGAAGAAAAUGGUCAGACAUUACUGAAAAGUCCAGUUGUGUUGGUGUCUCAUGAAGAAGUGGAGCGCUACCUAGGGAUCCGAGCACAAACUGCUGCAGAGGAAUCAACGGCCUCCAGAGGCGAUCAUGUGGGAGAGCAUACGGAUGGUCUUGAGGAACAGGGCUCUUCUAUCGUUACUCUAGAAGAGAGCAUCUCUCAAGACCCAGAAAUGAAAGAAGCUGACACUGCCUCCAUUUCUUCCCAACAAAACCUAUCCGAAAAAAGGAGGUUUAUUAAGCCAACACCCUGUCUAAGCCGGGCAGUCAAGACUUUCCACAGACCUCUCAAUGUACAAACAACAGAGUUUAGAGAAAAUACAGCAUCUUUUAACCGUGACUCCACACAACUGCAGUGUAGCAGUCCUGUGGAAGUCCAAGUGAAGAUCGCCCUGAAUGAAUGCCUUUCUGAGGAAGAGGGCACAUGUAGCGUUACUCCAGAAGAAAACAGCCCUUGGGAUGUUCCGGAUGAUGCCAGAACUACAGCAGAUGAUCUGCCGUCAGCUGCAACUUCUCCAAGACCUAGUAAGACUGAGGACCAGGAUGUUUCAUCUUUCCUUGAGAAGCCUCAGGUUCCUGACACCACACCAUCAGACAAAGAUGUGAAUGAAAGAAGAACAAAGCUUGAAAAGUCUGGAUCUCAGAUUUCUGAGAAUAAAGUUCAAAUAACUGAUCAAGAUUCAGAGACUAGUGAGUCUGCUGUCACGGACACCAUGAUUGAGGAACCUCAGACAGAGGGGAAGAGGAUUGUUCCAGUCAGCUGUUCCUCUGAUGGUUCCUCAGUUUGUACUCAAGAUAGUUGUGCUCCAGAGAAGCACAUUCAGUUUGCUAAGCACACAUCCAACCUAGAAUUGGCAUCUCAGGUUAUGAUCAACCCUCAACAGACCUCCGAGCCUAAUGAAGAUCCUGCUGAGAAGCCAGAACAUCAGAGCCCAGUUAAAGUCCAGCACUGUGAUUUGGAUUAUGACAUAAAGAGAGUCUCCAGAGAGGAUACGCUUGUGGUAUCUGAGGUGGAUUUGCAGGAACGUAAACAGGAUGAGGAUCUAAUGUCUCCUGUCCUGUUACUUGGCUCAAUACUAACUUCAGCCCCAGAUGUUUCUGUGGAUAGCACUGGUAAAGGAAACGAAGGACAAAAUGACCCAGUUCUCAGUGAUGCUUCAUUAGCACCAUUUGAGGCACACAGUCCGGUUUCAUCUUUUUAUGAUCCUCCCUCUGAACAUACAAGCAACAUGUGUGAUAUGGACACGAUGCUAUUUAGUGAGUCUGCAGCUGAAAACAUUCAAAUACCAGACGAGCAGGAUUCAGAAAAGCAAGAUGGCACAGAAGAGCAAUCAGAAGCUCAUAAGGAUUGCAUUGCCACUCUCAAUGGAAAUGCAAGAUCUGAAAUCUCAGGUUCAGCUGGAGUGGAAACGGGUGCAACUGAUAACCCAUCAGAGGAGCCCACCUUUAUUUUGACUCUAUAUGAGAUUCCAACCUCUCAGCUGUUCCAUGAGGCUGACUGUGGCCAGCAGGAUAUGCCCCCUUAUGAACUGCAGCCAGCACAAGUCCAGACAUCCUCACUGAUUUCAGGCAGUUCACAGUCUCUUUCCUGUACAUUAGAGGCUUCCAGUGCAUCUCUGCACAUGGAGUCAGAAGAGACCAAUAAACCAUGUAAAAGUGUUUCUCACAAGGUGCUAGAUGAUUCCCUGGUUCCUCUUUCAAAGGAUGCAGCAGAAGAUGCAAGUACACAAUUGAUAUCCUCACAGGAAAACCGUUGUGAUGAUGUGAACUUUUUAAUUAGUCCACCUGAGAUGCUCUCCUGUAAUUCUGCCAUGCCAACAGAUGUACCAAAGUUGGAUGAGAUCCCGACAGAAUCUCCAGAAACUAAAGCUGCCACUCAGAGAAGAAGCAAGAUAAAGGUCAAGCCGAAACUAAAGCCACGUGUGGUUGGGCCUUCAAACAAUGGCCAGUUUGACUGUGCACCCAGUCAGACUCUGAUAACGUCUCAUGCUAUUGCGCAAGCUGAGAUUGAGUCCAACCAGAAAACAUCUGCAGAGGAAACAGUUAGUCCUCAAAUCCACUUAAGCCAUGAAGACCGUGAGUGGGGAGCCAAUCCUGGACAUGACGGUGUGAUAUCAACUGCCAUUGUGCCAGGCUCUGAAGAUAUGAGAGAUGAGAGUCAGGUGAAGUGGGAAAGUCGUCUCAGAACUGGUCUCCAGAUGGAUGAGGAUUCUGUUGUUGACCCUCCAGUGCACAGGGUGUUGGCUGAUACCUUUGUAGUCUCCUCAGGAGAAAUGGAAAAUGUUUUUAAUAAGAAGGAGAUCCCUCAUGACAGUGAACUCCAAAAACCUGAGGACUUGUCUGAAUGCCUUCCAGAGAGUGCGCGAUCACUGUCUCAAGUAAAUGUCCAAAAGGAAAAAAUGGCAGAUAAUUCUAAAAAGCCAGAUACUUGCAGAGAGGCAUCAAGUGUGACACCAUCAGUUUCUCAAGAGAAGACUGUGCCUUUACAAAGAAGAGGAUGCAAGUGAAGCCUAAAAUCCCCAAAACAACAAUAUCUACUAAAGACAAUUUCUCAAGACAGGAGCAAACUGAUAUAGGAUCUAAUGAACCAGUCACAACUCAAAUCAUUUUACCAGCAACUUUGAUUAAAGAAGAAAGUG